UUAAAAUCCCGGCGCUGCCGGCAGCACGGCCUCUCGGCGGAUGCCUGGCUGCCGCUCCCGUCAUUAUUCUCACUCCCGGCUGCUAAAGCUAGAGACGAGCUCGGGAUAUAGCAAAGCACCGGCUCGUGGACCGAAUCAAGGCUGCCAGACGCUGGGGUGGUGGUGGGGGGGAACCUCGCUGCCAUCCAGAUCCCCCGGGACUCAACCAGCUCCGCUCCGCCCCGCUGCCGCCCACCGGCCCGGCUCUCCCGUCGGCUGCGGGCAGCGCUGGCGGCGGCUCCGGCUCAACGGGAAUCCCUGCAUCCCACAUCAAAGCGAGGGUAUGGCUGCGGUGAGGAGGAAGUUUGGUGAUGAGUACCAGGCUGUGGGCCCGGCUGCUGUUGGUGGUCGCAGAGAGAGGCAGCGUUUUGUGGAUAAGAACGGGCGUUGCAAUGUACAACAUGGGAACCUGGGAGGUGAGAGCAGCCGUUACCUCUCCGACCUCUUCACUACGCUGGUGGAUCUCAAGUGGCGUUGGAAUCUGCUCAUCUUCUUGCUGACCUACACGGUUGCUUGGCUGGUCAUGGCCUCCAUGUGGUGGGGGAUUGCCUACCUGCGAGGUGACCUGCAUCGGGCUCAUGAUGACACCUACAGUCCUUGCGUGGCCAACGUGUACAACUUUCCCUCCGCCUUCCUCUUCUUCAUCGAGACCGAGGCCACCAUCGGCUACGGCUACCGCUACAUCACGGACAAAUGCCCCGAGGGCAUCAUCCUCUUCCUCUUCCAGUCCAUCCUGGGCUCCAUCGUCGACGCGUUCCUCAUUGGCUGCAUGUUCAUCAAGAUGUCACAGCCCAAGAAGAGAGCUGAGACCCUCAUGUUCAGCCGUGCCGCAGUCGUCUCGCAGCGGGACGGCAAGCUCACCCUCAUGUUCCGCGUGGGGAACCUCCGCAACAGCCAUAUGGUUUCUGCCCAGAUCCGUUGCAAGCUGAUCAAGUCCCGACAGACACCAGAGGGGGAGUUUCUGCCGCUAGACCAAUGUGAGCUGGAUGUUGGAUUUGGAACAGGAGCUGACCAGCUGUUCUUAGUUUCUCCAUUAACCAUCUGUCAUGAAAUUAACUCAAAGAGCCCCUUUUUCUGUCUCUCACAAAGAUCGCUAAGAAGCGAGCAAUUUGAAAUAGUUGUCAUCCUUGAAGGAAUUGUUGAGACUACAGGAAUGACAUGUCAAGCUAGGACCUCAUAUACAGAAGAUGAAGUUCUCUGGGGUCACAGAUUCCUCCCAGUGAUGUCCCUUGAAGAUGGCUUUUUCCGUGUUGAUUAUUCGCAGUUUCAUGCUACAUUUGAAGUCCCCACUCCUCCUUACAGCGUCAAAGAGCAAGAAGAAAACCUGUCUCUGUCAUCCUCUUGGAAUAGUCCUGUUGACAACAAAAGCAGAAAAGAAAAGGUUUGUUCACUGGACUGUAUUGAUAUUGCAGAAGAAAAAAACAAACUCCCUUUUAAACUUCAGAAGAUCAGCUCAAGAAAGGAAGACCUUCCCAAAAGAGUCCUCAGAAUGAGUUCCAGUAACACAGGGAAGACUUGCAGUACUGGGGACCUCCUGAAUAUUCAAGAGAUGAGUUCCAUGUCCAAUGGUGAAGAUGGUGAUGACAGGAUACAAUUGAAAGCCUUAAAAAUGAAUGCUGAAGCCUAGACUCAGUCCAGAAGAUGCCUAGAAGUAUGUGUGCUCUAAAGAUGAAAUUGGAAGAUAAUCUGCCUGCCAAACUGCAAAAUAAACUCUGAUCGCCUCCCUUAAGAGCAGAAGCAUAUGAGUCAUUGUUUAUAAACAGCAUUCAAGACUGCUGACCUGAAAGAGUUUUCUUAUAGUAAUGAAAUAAUUUGGUUUUCCUACUUUCUGGAAGGAUGAUCCCUUUUGUGUACAGAUCUAAUUUAGCCUAAUAGAAAUUUAAGAUGCAGUAAGUUUAGACUGAUGUGCCAAAGAGGUCCCUGCCCUGAUAUCAUUUAGCAGCAUGCUCAUUGCAAAUCACCAUUGUCUUCCAUACUUGUAGAUGCUUUAUCAUGAAGCAUGGACCGAGUCCUUGGAUGGGUCACUCUCUGGAAAGAAUUGAACAUUCUCUCAAAGCACUUUUGCUCAUAAUGGCAGUUUACUUUCAGCUGUUGAACAUCUGAGAAGAUCAUCCCAAGAAUAGACAACCUUCCCUAUAGAAAUGACCAAAAAAGAUGUCAGUGAAGAUUUGCACCUCAAGUGCUGGCAUUCAGUACCUCUUUAAAGUGUUACACAGAGUUUUCUAUAUGACUUGCUUGAAUGAGAGGGAGAAAUACUCUUCUCGUUUUAAAGCUGAAGAACUGAAACUGCUUGCCUUACUGAAUGUCAGGAUAUAGUAAGAACUGGAAUCCAACUCAAUCCCAGCACAAGAAGGAAUCUGAGCAGCUGCAGUGGUUCCAGAGGAGAGCUGUGAAGAUGACCAAAGGCCUGGAGCACAUCUCCUGUGAAGAAAGGCUGAGGUGGCCGGGCUUGUUAAGGUUAGGGUAGGCUCCAGGAAGACCUCAUUGUGGUAUUCCCAUACUUGAAAGCUUAUAAACAGGAGAAUGACUGACAUUUUACACAGUCUAACAGUGAUAGGACAAGGAGAGGUGGCUGUAAACUAAACGAGGGGAAAUUUAGGAUGGAUGAGAGAAGGAAAUUCUUUGCACAGAGGGGAACGAGGCUCUAGCACUGCUGCCCAGAGAAGCAUGGGAAGUCCCCAAAGCCAGACUGGAUGGGGUUCUGGGCAGCCUGAUCUGCUGGGGGGCAGCAGCUCAUGGCCCAGGGUUGGAGCCUGAUGAUCCUUAAGGUCUCUUCCACCCCAAUCAUUCUAUGAUUCUUAACCAUAAGUGGUUCAUCACUCCCAGCACAACCCCAUUCUACAGCCCUCCUCUAUAUGCAAAAACAGCCAUUUUUUCUCCCAGCUUUUUGGGUGGCUCCAUCCCACACAGAGGGCACUCAAGAACGAUCCCAUCUGCUCUCAAUGGGCAGGGCAACAUAAAGGGAUGACUGCAGCCCUGUGCUGUGAUGGGUGAAUGGAGCCACCCCCACAGGGCCUGGAUAACUCACUAUCACUUUGCUUUUGGUCUCCUAAAUUCAAUUUCAAGCUUCAAACUCGCAUUUUGCACAGCUGUGGCCGUCUGUGGUGGUUUCCCUUCCCCUCCCCUCAAACCUUCACCAUUAAAUACGUGCUGAAAUCUGUGUUUUUUUACACAUUUAAACGUACCACGCUGGGAUAGUUAACUCACCCCCCAGAACAUCCAGAACCGAUAUACAAUAAAAUCACAUUCAACUUCGGGG